UAAUUUUUUUUGUGAUCAUAAAAUCGUUAUCUCCCAACUCAACCUCUCUUCCUCGGAACGAACCUCCCGCCAAAAAGCACCCCAUGCAACUCUCUCUGUCAUCAAAUUCAAAUGGCAACAACAGUAAAAUCAAUAGCAACAAACCCCACCAUCCCAAAUUAUCCAAGAAAUAAAAGAUCAUAUCGAUCCAGGAGCAGCAGUAGCAUCAUAUCCCUGCUCAAGCUCUGUAAGAACAUGAAAGAACUCCAGCAGAUCCAUGCCAAUCUCAUCAAAACCUCUCUCAUCCAUGACAUGUCCGCCGUUAACGCCAUCAUCGAAUUCUCUGUCAUUCAUGAAAAUCUCGUCUAUGCUCUAUCCGUGUUUGAAACAACUCCCCAUCCAACUCUCUUUGCCAAGAAUUUCAUGAUCCGAGGCCACGCACAGAGCGAAUUCCCUCUAUCGGCGAUAACUUUCUACGUUCGGAUGCUGAGUGAAGGAUUCGAGCUCAACAAAUUUGGUUUCUCGUUCUUGAUCCAAGCAUGUUUGAGAUCACAAGCGGCUGAAGAAGGGAAACAAAUCCACGGCCAGAUCUUGAAGUUUGGGAAGAUUGACGCUCAUCUGGCAAGCUCCAUUAUCUGUUUCUACUCGGAAAUUCAAGAUCUAGACUCUGCUCAUCGAGCUUUUGAGUCAGACCUUGGAUCCAUCACUUCUUGGAAUGCGAUGAUCGAUGGGUAUUCAAAAUCUGGGGACAUGGAAAUGGCUCGGAGACUGUUCGAUGAAAUGCCCCAAAAGACACUAAUUGCUUGGACGGCAUUGAUUACAGGUUUUGUGCAUUUGGGGAGAUUUAUAGAGGCUUUGGAGGUUUUUGAAACCAUGCAGAGGUCCGGAUUUAGGCCUGAUGAGCGGACAUUAGUGAGUGUGCUUCCUUCAAUAUCUCACUUGGGUGCGCUCAGUUUGGGAAAAUGGGUGCAUUCUUAUGCUGAGAAUUCAGGUAUGGAAUCGAGUAUCUUCCUGAGAUCAGCACUAGUGGACAUGUAUUCCAAGUGUGGUAGUAUAGAAAAUGCACUAGAGUUAUUUGAGAAGAUGGGACCCACGAAACGGAAUGUGGUGAUGUGGAAUGCGAUGAUUGGUGGAUUGGCGAUGCAUGGACAUGGAAGGGAUGCAUUGGAGCUAUUCCAGGAGAUGCUAGCAAGCGGCACAAAGCCUACUGAUGUUACAUUUGUAGGUGUGCUGAGGGCGUGUAGUCAUGCAGGGAUGGUGGAUAAAGGGUUGAAGUACUUUGAGGCAAUGAAGGACUUGUAUGAGCUCGAACCAACAACAGAGCAUUAUGGGUGCAUGGUUGAUCUUUUGGGUCGUGCUGGACGGUUGCAAGAAGCGGAAGGGUUGGUGAGGAGUAUGAGUGGGCAGCCGGAUGUGGUGGUCUUGAAGACCCUUCUAGGUGCAUGUAGGGUCUAUGGGAAUGUCGACAUAGGUGAGCGCAUUGGUAGAGAACUUCUUCAAUUAGCUUCUGAUGAUAGUAGUUGUUAUGUGCUUCUAGCAAAUCUGUAUGCAUCUGUAGGCAGAUGGGUGGAUGCUGGCAAAGUGAGAAACUUGAUGAAAGAAAGGGGAGUGAAGAAGAUAGCUGGUUGUAGUUCGAUUGAAUUGGAUAAUGUGGCCCAUGAGUUCCACGCAGGGGACAUGUCUCAUCCUCAGAUCAAAGAGAUAUAUGCUACAGUAGAGGAGAUGGGGCAAAGGUUGAAGGUCGAAGAAGGUUAUACCCCUGAUACCUCUCAAGUGUUGGCUGAUAUCGAUGAGGAAGAGAAGGAGACUGCAUUAUAUCGUCACAGUGAAAAGUUAGCAAUUGCUUUUGGCUUGAUAAAUACUAUCCCAGGCAGCACUAUACGCAUAGUGAAAAACCUUAGGGUCUGCCUUGAUUGCCACUCCGUUACAAAACUUGUAUCAAAACUUUACGGUCGUGAAAUCAUUGUUAGGGAUCAAAACCGCUUCCAUCAUUUCAAGAAUGGAGUAUGCUCGUGCAAUGAAUAUUGGUGAUAUCUAUGUUAUGGUACUCAUGGGACUCUCUAGAGAUCUGAAACCAUCCAUCUGAAAGAUAUCACAGGCUGUUCAUUUUUUUGAAGAGGAGAGAAUUGGAUGACAGGCCGCACAUGCUGGUAAGUGUUAUUCAUAAAGAUAAAUGGACAUGAGUGCUCAUUCACCAAAUGAAGCACAUGAAAUGGCCAGAGUUUCUUUUGAUGUGCUAAUUCAUAACUCGAAUGUCCAGUAAUCACAAAGAGUCUGUACAUGAAAUGAUCCAAUUUAAAAUUCUGAUUGAA